ACCGGCCUCCAUGCAGCAAAUAGCGAACACCUUUUCUCGGUAAACCGCAGAUUGCAACACGCGUAGCGUAAGUUGGUUUGUUGUUGACUUUUUUGAAGCCGAUCGCGAAUUAUCUCUACGAAGUCUAACCCGGCGAUGGAAUUCUAGAAGAAUGAGAAGGGGUCGAGAAGACACGCGAAAUAGAGCCAAGGAUUAAACGCAACCACCGCAGGCACGACCACCACCAAAAGCACCGGUGGCGCAACCACCGCGAGUCUCGGCCAUGGCGGACGCGAGGCAAGUGCACCAGUACCUGACCGCCGCCCUCUCGCACCGCGGCCCGGGGGCGCUGCCCUACGCAGAGGAUGACCGGUGGCUGAUCCGCCACCACCUGGCCUCCCUCUCCGAGACCUUCCCCUCCCUCCGCCCCUCCACCGCCGCCUUCACCUACAACGACGGCCGCACCGCCACCCUCCUCCACGCCGAGGGUAUCAUCCCCGCCACCCCCGGCCGCCACCUCCCGGCCUCCAUCUGGCUUCUCGAGGCCUACCCCCACGUCCCUCCCGCCGUCUUCCUCCGCCCCGCCCGCGGCACGCUUAUAAAGCCCGGCCACCCCCACGUUGACCUCUCCGGCGCCGUCGACGCCCCCUACCUGCGCUCCUGGCGCUUCCCCAAAUCCAACCUCGCCGACCUCGUCCACUCCCUCUCCCCCCUCUUCAGCCUCGAAUCCCCCCUCUACACCGGCACCGACCCCAAGAAGGAGCCGGCGGAGAUGAAAUGGAUCUUGGAGAAGGUGCAGCGCGACCUCGCCGGCCUGGGGAGGAGGCGGGAGGCGGAGAUGGAGGGAAUUCUUGGAGUCCAGGCGGAGUUGAAGCGAAGGAGAGAAGCGAUCGUCCAUGGAAUGAGAGAAUUGGAGGAAGAGAGGGAGAAUUUGGAACAAGAACUUCAGAUCAUUCUAACGAACACCGAUGUAAUGGAGAGUUGGGUGCGGGAGACCAAGGGAAAGAACGGGAGGAGAAGGAAGGCCAGGGAAGUUAGCGUGGAUGAUGUAUUUGGGCCGUCUGAUGUGUAUUCGAGGCAGAUGAUGGAGUGCACAGCGGCGGACCGGGCGCUGGAGGACACCAUCUAUGCUUUGGACAGGGCAGUGACCGAGGAGUGUGUGGCUGUUGAUGUGUACUUGAAGAACGUAAGGGCGCUGUCGAGGGAGCAGUUCUUCCACCGGAGCAUGGCAGUUAAGGUUCGAAGCAUGGCAGGGAAGAUACCGCAUUGUGCUACAUAGAAAGUAGGAAAAUUUCCCCUGUUGAGGUUAUUUGUUUGUGUUAUAGAAGAAAUUGGUUGGGUUUUUUCCGCUUUGUUUAUGAUUUGAAGAGAAUAUGGAUUAGGAUUACAGGAUAAUUUCUAUUAGCAUGUUCGUUCUGUAGAUAACUUCUGUGCAGAGAAUUCCCCCGAUGUUCUUUUUGUUGAUACUUGUACAAUGAGGAAUGUUGGUAUCUUUUGGUUGAGCCAUCAGGAA